CACCAAAUUAGGGCAAGCCGAGGCGGAGGAGCCUUCUGCUCCUUCCUGUCCUGGGCCCGCAUCCUCCCUCUGGCCCCGCCUACCGGCCGCCCCCGGGCCGGCUGCUCCCUCGGGUUUGCCGAGGCGCCUUCCCCUCCCCCGCUCCCCACAGUGGCCUGGUCCCCGCCGUGUCCCCGCCCCCGCGUCGGCUGCGGGAGGCCUGCCCACUGCCCGCUCCCGGGCGGUUGCUCCGGCCGACCGGCACUCCCCGCCCCCUCCCGCGGCCCUGCCGCCGGAGGAGGCCGCAGUGAGGAGGUAGAGGGGGCGGGGGCCGCCUUAGGGUGUCCCUAGAGGACGGGGGCCCUGAAGGCGGGACAUUCGGGGCGACCCCCGGGUCGGGCCAGCCAUUCAACCAGUCCCCCUUCUUCUGUGCCAGACACUGAGCUGGGCUCUUGACGGGGCUUCAUCUCUUAAUCCUGAAAACGUCUCAGGGAGUUCCACAGAGUCCCCCAUCCUGGGCCAUGAGUGAGUUGAAGGACUGCCCCUUGCAGUUCCACGACUUCAAGUCUGUGGACCACCUGAAGGUCUGUCCCCGCUACACGGCAGUGCUGGCCCGCUCUGAAGAUGACGGCAUCGGCAUCGAGGAGCUGGACACCCUACAGCUGGAGCUUGAGACUCUGCUGUCCUCUGCCAGCCGGCGCCUGCGCGUGCUUGAAGCCGAAACCCAGUCUCUGUAAAUUUCAGAUCCUCACUGACUGGCAAGAUAAGAAAGGUGACCGACGAUUCUUGAAGCUGGGUCGAGACCAUGAGCUUGGAGCUCCCCCUAAACAUGGGAAGCCCAAAAAGCAGAAGCUGGAAGGGAAGGCAGGACAUGGGCCAGGCCCUGGCCCAGGGCGGCCCAAAUCCAAAAACCUUCAGCCGAAGAUCCAAGAAUAUGAAUUCACUGAUGACCCGAUUGACGUGCCGAGGAUCCCCAAGAAUGAUGCCCCCAAUAGGUUGUUCUGGGCGUCGGUGGAGCCCUAUUGUGCUGACAUCACCAGCGAGGAGGUGCGCACGCUGGAGGAGCUGCUGAAGCCCCCAGAAGAUGAGGCUGAACAUUAUAAGAUCCCGCCCCUGGGGAAGCACUACUCCCAGCGCUGGGCCCAGGAGGACCUGCUGGAGGAGCAGAAGGAUGGGGCCCGAGCAGCGGCCGUGGCUGACAAGAAGAAAGGCCUCAUGGGGCCGCUGACUGAACUGGACACUAAAGAUGUGGACGCGCUGCUGAAGAAGUCCGAGGCCCAGCACGAGCAGCCCGAAGACGGGUGCCCCUUUGGGGCCCUCACUCAGCGCCUCCUGCAGGCCCUAGUGGAGGAGAAUAUUAUCUCCCCUAUGGAGGACUCUCCUAUUCCUGACAUGUCUGGGAAAGAAUCGGGGGCUGACGGGGCGAGCACCUCCCCCCGCAAUCAGAACAAACCCUUCAGUGUGCCUCACACAAAGUCCCUGGAGAGCCGCAUCAAGGAGGAGCUGAUCGCCCAGGGCCUGCUGGAGUCUGAGGACCGCCCCGCAGAGGACUCGGAGGACGAGGUCCUCGCCGAGCUGCGCAAGCGGCAGGCAGAGCUGAAGGCGCUUAGCGCGCACAACCGCACCAAGAAGCACGACCUGCUGAGGCUGGCAAAGGAGGAGGUGAGCCGGCAGGAGCUGAGGCAGCGGGUCCGCAUGGCAGACAAUGAGGUCAUGGAUGCCUUUCGCAAGAUCAUGGCUGCCCGGCAGAAGAAGCGGACUCCCACCAAGAAGGAAAAGGACCAGGCCUGGAAGACUCUGAAGGAGCGUGAGAGCAUCCUGAAGCUGCUGGAUGGGUAGCCCUCAGCCCUGCCUUCCCUGGCCUGGAGGAAGGGAGGGGAGGCCCACUUCCUUCUUUUGGGCAUCAGAAGCUUUGGCCCGUCAAAUGGCGACAGUCUCUAGAGGACUGUGGCCCUCCUCUGAGGUCUUUUCGGCCCAGCUCUGUACAGCCAGGACACAGGAAGUCCUGCUUGGCUAGCCUGGGUCCCAGUCUGUGCUUGGUCCCCCAGAUGAAUGGGGUCUUCAUUUCUGGGUCACCUUCGUCCCCCUCUUUACCGUUCCUCACCCUACCCCCACGCCAACACCCCUCUCCCCCUCAAGGACUUCUCCCUUGUGGUUUUGUAAAGUGCAAAUUUAAGAGUAAAGUGACUGCUGUGGUUUUUCAAAAAAAAAAA